CUAUAAAUACAUUUCCCUCGCAUUUGAUUUCCCGCUCCUGCAAAACCCUAACCACUCGGAAAUGGGUCAGAAGCAGAAACACCAACCUAAUUCAGAUUCCAACAACGAUGCCAAGAAGCGACGCCGUGUCGGCUUCUCCGUCGUAGAUGCUGGUGUUGAGGCCAAAGACUGCAUCAAAAUCUUUCUAGUUUCAAGCAAAGACGAGUUCCUUGCUCCAGAGAGUUUCAUCAUUGAUCCUGUGGAUUUGAAUAGCUUUUUUGAUGAUGAUGAUGGGAAAAUUUAUGGUUAUGAGGGAUUGAAGAUUACCAUCUGGGUUAGUAGCAUAUCUUUUCGUACAUAUGCUGAUAUUACAUUCCAGAGUUCAUCUGAUAAAGGCAAAGGGGUCACAGAUCUGAAAUCUGCUCUUCAGAGAAUUUUUGCUGAUACUCUUGUUGAGAGCAAAGAUGCUUUCCUUCAAACAUUUAUUUCGGAUAAUGGUUUUGUUAGAACAUCGAUCUCAAAUGGGGAGGUUUUGAAGCACAAAGCUUUCAAUGGGAUUAUUGGUGAUUGUAAUAGGCAUGCUGAUUCAACUACUUCUGACAUUGAGGCUGUUCGUAUGGUGGUAGGAAACAUGACUACUGGGCACCUUUACAGUCGUCUAAUACCCCUUGUCCUUCUUCUUGUUGAUGGUAGCAGUCCUAUUGAUGUUACUGAUCCGAGUUGGGAGUUGUAUCUUGUGAUUCAGAAGGAAACUGAUCUGCAAGGAGAGAUGCAAUGCAGGUUGAUUGGUUUUACUGCUGUCUAUCGAUUUUACCACUAUCCUGAUGGUUCUCGAUUGCGACUGAGUCAGAUAUUGGUAUUGCCUCCUUACGAGCACAAAGGGUAUGGUCGGUUCCUUCUGGAGGUGCUAAAUGAUGUUGCCGUAUCUGAAAAUGUUUUUGACUUGACAGUAGAAGAGCCGUUAGAUCACUUUCAACAUGUCCGCACAUGUGUUGACGUACUUCGCCUGCUUCGUUUUGACCCAAUCCAAAAUUUAGUUAAGGUUGCUGUUUCACUUCUAAAACAAGGAAAGCUGUCAAAGAAAACUCAUCAUCGUCUAAUGCCGACUCCCUGUGCUAUUGAGGAUGUCAGGGAAAGUCUGAAAAUUAACAAGAAGCAGUUUCUCCAGUGUUGGGAGGUUUUGAUAUACCUUGGCAUUAAUCCUGUUGACAAGCACAUGGAUAACUUUUUGAGCAUUAUUUCCAAUCGUGUGAAGUAUGAUAUCUUUGGGAAAGAUUCUGGUCCUUCCGGGAAGCAACUUAUUGAAGUUCCAAGUGAUGUUCAACAGGAGGAGUCUUCAUUUGUCAUGUUCAGAUCAGGAGCUAACGAAGCUAGUACUGUGCAAAUGGAUGACAACCAGACAAACCAAGAAGAACAACUGCUGAAGUUAGUUCAGGAUAGGGUGAAAGAAAUACAAUUGAUUGCAGAGAAGGUAGCUAGCUCUCCCUCUUGAGAUCACAAACGUGGCUGUAAAUUGAACUUUGUCCUUCACAAGAUAGCAUGAAUGACAAGCUUAUGUCUCUAUGAUCUUGUUUGGUUGUUUUUCUAUUGGACAAUCAUACUGCUAUAUAGUUAUCUUGGUUGACAUUUCUGAAUUCUGAUAUCGGUAAACAAAGAAGAUUCCCUGGAAGCGCAAUCAAUACUGUAUUUUGGCUCUUUUUACCAGGCUGUAGUUAAAAAUCUUUCAUCUUAGGCUGUAAAGGAACCAUGUGAAGUAGUUGGUAUUUCUUACUAUCAUCAAAUGACUGAUUGAUCUCAGAAAAACUGUGUUAAAGCCAGAGUUUAGAAACUUUUUACAUGU